UCUAAAGCAUCAUAAAACUCCAAAAGGCGAAACUUCUGUUCUGACCUCACGUAUAUUUUCUUCUUUCUUCUUCCUUCAUUCCUCAUCUCUCAUAUCCAGUACGUUUUUUGCCGAAAUAAAACUAAUUUCUGUUUUGAAAAUAGAACAGAAAAAACUAAUUUCUUUUUGCCUGCACGCUAUAUAUAUACACACCAUAUUCAUACUGAGUUUGGUGAGACUACUUUCAUAUAGAAAAAAAAAAUAAAAUGGGUGUAGUGUCCAUUGAUGUGCUAGUAAGGAUCAGUUUAGGAUUAUGGUUGGCUGCGGUGGUUGCCGUGGCGGAGCUUCCGCGGCUCGAACAUCCUCCGGCGAAGGCCGGCGGCUCGCUGAGCGUGUUGGUGGUCGGAGACUGGGGAAGGAAAGGAACUUACAACCAGUCUCAACUUGCUGUUCAGAUGGGGAAAAUUGGAGAAGAAAAGGAUAUAGAUUUUGCGAUAUCAACUGGGGACAACUUUUACGAUAAUGGAUUGAGUGGCAUAGACGACACCGUAUUUGAGGAAUCAUUCACCAACAUAUAUACUGCUCCAAGUCUUCAAAAGCAAUGGUAUAGUGUUUUGGGAAACCAUGAUUAUAGAGGUGAUGUGUUGGCACAGUUAAGUCCCAAUCUCAGAGAAAAAGAUAGCAGAUGGCUAUGCCUCAGAUCUUUCAUUCUCAAUACAGAGGUGGCAGAAUUUUUCUUUGUGGAUACAACUCCAUUCCAAGAUAAAUAUUUCGAUGAUCCUGGAAAACACAAAUAUGAUUGGAGAGAAGUGUUGCCCAGAAAACAGUAUCUUUCAAAUCUUCUCAAGGACUUAGACUCAGCACUGAAGGAAUCAAUUGCCACGUGGAAGAUUGUGGUUGGUCACCACCCCAUUAAAAGUGCUGGACACCAUGGUGACACAGAGGAGCUUAUUGCACAACUUCUCCCAGUCUUGCAGGCAAACCAUGUUGAUUUAUACAUAAAUGGACAUGACCAUUGCUUAGAGCACAUUAGUAGCUUGGACAGUCCACUGCAAUUUGUGACAAGUGGUGGUGGGUCCAAAGCAUGGAGGGGUGACGACAGUAGUGACGACAUGGAUCCACAAGAAAUGAAGUUCUAUUAUGAUGGUCAAGGUUUCAUGACAUUGCAAAUCAGUCCUGGAGAGAUUGACUUCCAGAUGUAUGACAUUUAUGGCCAUGUCAUGCACAGAUGGUCUGCCUCAAAAACCAAUUAUCUCUCUGCUAUUAUGUAAAUAUAUAUUAUGUGUGUAGAGAGGGAGAGAGAUUGGAUGAUUAUUUAUCCAUCCAUGAGAAAGUCCCAAAUGAUGGAAACUAUUGAUUUGAUGAUGAUAUAAAUGUAAGCUUUUAUUUAAUCCAUUUGUUAUCGAAACUUUUCAUUAAUAUAUAUAUAAAUUGGUACUUAUUUGACCUUGUA